AUGGAGGAGCCUCUUCUCCCCAGGCGCCAGGAGGAUCUGGAGAAUCCUCCCCUGCCCGAUGAUGAGAAUCCUCAGGAUCUGCCCCCGGAGGAUCGGCGCCAGGAGGAUCGGCGCCAGGAGAAUCGGCUGCCAGGGGAUCGGCGCCAGGAGAAUCUGCUGCCAGGGGAUCGGGGCCGGGAGGAUCGGCGCCAGGAGAAUCAGCGCCAGCUUCAGCGCCAGGAGGAUCGGCCGCCCCAGCAGGAGCCAGGGAAUCAGCGCCAGCUUCAGGCGCAGGAGGAAUUCACCACCAGAAAGUUUUUGGCUGCUGUACUGUCUCUUCUACUUCUUCUGAUGCCUCUCAUCUCGGGUGCUAUGUUUGGGCCUGUCGGGAUGGACAUCCAGAGCGUGAGCGUGAUCGAGAGCCUGGUCGUCUUUGGCCUUGCUGCUUUUAACUGCACUACCUGCUUUCUCAGUGGGGAUCUUGUAACUUGUGCAGUGAACAAGUUUGGAACGCUGGUGGAGAUACUCUACACUGUCCACACCUCUGGCAGCUUCCUCUGGCCCCCGGUGAUCGUCACAGCGUGGUAUGUUUCCUUCGGGCUUUUGGACCUCUUCUUUCCUACUUGGGAGCUUGUGGGUUACAUCGGCAUUGCGACCACACUACUCUCCACAGCAUCGCCCCUGGGAUUCGCAGCCUAUUAUGGACGACUGCCUACUGUCAACGUGGCCAUGUCUCUGGUUGCAUUCUGCUGCCGUGCUCUGUGGGCGUAUCAUGGUCAUGUGACCAAGAACAAGAAUAUGAAGUGGUUAAAUGGAAUUGCAAGCGGCUUGGCCUUGGUGCUCCUCUCCAUCGGGUGCAUUUCUCGACUGCUUACUGUGUAGAAUUCGCGAUCGGUUCUUUUUUUUCUCUACAUGUGGUAGAGUUUUGUGAACAAAUCGUUUACCUUUUCCCGGAUAAUCCACAUCGUCCC